AUGCCUGGACUAACUCGGUCCAAAGAUGACUCCCCAGACGGCGAACAACGAAAAGAAAAGCGUAGAGCGAUCAAUCGGAAAGCCCAACAACGCGCCCGAGAGCAGAAACAGAGCCUUAUUCAACGCCUGAUACUGGAGAACCAGCAGUUGAAAACCAGGCUAUUGGGGAACAGUCUGGGAGACUCUAUACUACAAGCCCGCCAAUCAGUGUCGAACGGGCAUGGCUCAUCCACGUCCCCCCAGUUCCUCACUUCGUCGUCAGCUAGUCAAACCACCCACAAUGUCAUACCCAGCCCAGCAUCGGCAGGAGAACCUCCCCCUCCUGCAGUGCAACCGCUCCCGGCCAUGGCCUUUGUGGACCUCAAUGUGUCAUCCCUGGACCUCAAUGCUGCCCGCCAAGCGUUUCUGGCCGUCCUCGCGUCCGUGUGCGAUCCACACCUGAAUACGAUCCAUGCAGUCUGCCAAAAGUUCGCUCAGAGCCGCGGUGCCGACGUGGCGGCCGGCGAUCUACACCCGCCACGACCAGUAAACAGACCGUUGAACACGGCCCCGCUGCAUGACCCUCUGAACCUCUUCGAGCAGCUCCUAGCGGCCGCCUUCGACAACGUAACCGACCCAGCAGAGUACAUCCCCCCGGCCGGGCAGGCUGGCCCACUGGCUGUACCGUUCCUAGAGCCUAUGCAUCCAGUGGAUGCGUACGAGCUCGAUGGGCAGGGGGUAUGGAGCUUGGUUGUCGACAUUGUGGAUCUUAGCAGGACAGACCUCGAAGAUCUCGCUGGGCGGCUCACCCGUGUGAUUCGGUGUUACGGUUUUGGGCCUGUCAUGCUCCGAAACGAGGUCACAAACGUUUGCCGGCGUGAGUAG